AUGCUGGCUCAUCGUCACAAUGAACUGACGUUGAACCAUGAAAAAUUGAAGAAAGCCAACAUGAUGCAGAGAUCUAAAGUUUUUGAAUCCGCUCAUAAUGAACAGAUGGAAAGAUAUAAAAAAUACGGAAUUAUUGAAUUACCAACAACCAUGAGAUCUGGUGAAGACGUGCGAGAAUUAGAUAUAAAAGAUAUAGAAAUCUCUGGCGACCAAUCAGAACUUGAAUCAUUUUUGAUGGACAAUGAGUUUGAUAUUAAUACUUCUGAUACUUCUCCAUUCAACGUUGAUAAUGACAAUCCAGAAUACGAGUGA